UGUUAAUACUUUUAUAUAUGCUAUCUAUACAAAUAAGAAUAUUAGAUACUACAAACUGUGCUUCGUGUACCGAUUGCAUGAUAUUGACUUCAAUUAAUCAAUUUCAAGAGGGUAAGAAAUUAAAUUAUUAUUUUCUUCUCGACAUUACUAAAAUUCAAAAUUCUUCCAAGUUUCUAUAGUAGUAUUAUAAACAAAACAAAAAAAAAAAAAUAGACAAAUAGGAUUGAAUCGUCAUCGAGCAUCUACAGUGUAUCCCAUAAAAUACAAAUCAGCAGAAAUUGCUCCAAAGAGGAGGAAAAAUUAGCAUAAUCAUCUAGCGACCGAAAACGAUUAAAUAACCAUAACGAAUCGAUAACAUGUUCCGUAAGGAAAUUUCUGAAAAUCCCCCGUCGUUGCGUAUCCUCUGGAGCUUAUCUUAUCUCACGAAUUGACACGGUGCCUCUCGCCAGAGCUCUCCGUUGUUCACUUCAGUUUUCUUCUUGGGGCUCAUGUGGCUCGACAAUUCAUUUGUGAAACUAUGUUAAAUAACCAAAAAUUACGACGAAGAGGAAAAAGGAAAGAUACAUAGUUACAUCUCUUCAUCGAGGAGAGAGGGAUCAGAGAUUUGUGCACGUUAUUCAGAUCGUUCUAACGUCGAUAAAACAUUUGAUUACAUUCUGAAGUACGUGACUUCAUCUCCCUAGAGCCUUCUCGCUGCAGGAUUCUGGUAUUAUCUGGCGUCCUCCUCCCAAAGAGGGUCCUUUCUUACAGGUAGAGUGGAAAGGGCGCGUGGGGGUGGGGGUGAACUGUGACAAACCCUCCUCUUGAGGGGGUGGUUGUCGCAGAUCCUAUUAAAGCGGACCCGAAGAUUACCUUCAUCAUUAACGUCUCCAACUCGGAAUCGUUACCUUCGAGAAGCAAACGGAAACUUGGCAAUUCAAUGGGUGUUCAUAAAGUUAUGGAAAAGAAGAGGCUGGACUGUCCCAUGACUUACAAAACCGAAAACACGGACGAGGGCUACCUGGAGGCCGCCGCCGAGAUCCCAGAGUGUCGAGAGUCGAUCAAUCUGGACACCGACUACAGAGAUUUCCCAGAGGAGAAAAUUUGGAGUCCUAGCGACGAGGUGAACCAAUGGAUUCCGUUCUACGUCUUCAUGGCUCGCUCCGUUCUGACGUUCGUUCAAGAGAAUCUCGGUAUACCCAAUCGGGAGGCCAUGGAGAAUUCCUGCACGGGUUACGCGGAACAAUAUAUCACAGAUAUUCUCCACGACUCCGAAUAUAUGCCGGAAGUCGCCCUGAAGACCCUCCUCACGAAAGAAUUACCUCGCAGGCUGUUCUCAAGAUGGACCAGCGACGAAACGGAACUCUUCAUUCAGGGGAUUGUCAGGCAUGGAAAGAAUUUUGCGAAUAUACAGAGAGAUCUACUGCCUCGGAGGGACAUGAAGGACAUCGUAGACUUUUACUACUCGUGGAAAUGGUCGGAUUCUGGAAAGGAACUGAGAGUCUGUCGUCGCCAACGUCGUCCAAGAAUGACGCACAACUUUCCGUCAAUCAGUUGUAUAUUUGGGGAGCUGUCGUCCCCGAAAAUUGUAACACGCAGCGUGACAGCCGCUGCUAGGAUCCUUUCCCUUCCGAAGAGUAACCAAAGUCAGUUGCUGGUCGUCGCAAGAACCACUAAAAGGACGACCCUAGUCGCGAAGAGGAAGCGAAAGAGCUCGGCAGCGACUCGAUGAUGGUACUCGUAUCUUGACUGAUAAGCAGAAUCCACUACCACUGAUGGGCAGAAUUCUUAUCUAGAUAAACAUUUCAAAUGACGAGUGACAGAUAAACUAUUUAUCCGCGACUCGUUGAGUAGAAAGUUUAAUUUAAAUUAUAGAGUGGAAUAUUUCACAAUGUACAAAUUAUAAUUUAAUUGUUCUCCUCGCGAAGGAGUGGGGAGUGCUGAAAAGCUAUGCAUAAAAAUCCUAGAAUUGUUUAAGACUGUAAAAUAAUGAUAGCGUCGGAUUCAGUAAUUAAAUUAUAAGUCGAAUUUUUGUAAUUGCCACCAUGUUUGUAGAUAUAAUUGUAAGUAUUGUAUGUAAUUGAUUAAGUAUAAUCUUAAGACACGAAGUAUGGACAAUGCUCUCGAACCACGUGCUUUCGGUAAAAACAUCUAAUAUUUCUUUUAUUAUUCACCACUAAGGCACUAAGCUGCCUUGAAAAUACUCUCAAUGUUCUAGACGUCUUUACCUAAAAAACUCCAUUUUUUCGAAAAUUAAGUCGAGUUGCUACUUAUGACUUUACACGUGUCAUUUUUUGGUAGAACGGAACAAUCCUGCAAAAUCUCAUUUAAGGUGGUUCUUUCCCAAUUGUAAUAGUUAAACCAAAUCUCAAAUACAGAAGGUAUUAAUAAUGAUA